GGCGCGGGCGAGGGCGGAGGCUCCCGCGGGGCCGGGCCGGGCCGGGCUGGGCCGGGCCGGGCCGGGCGAUGCGGCGCCGGCUGCCCGCCCCGUAGGGUGGGCUCGGGCCGCGCUCGGGGCCGUCGGGCCGCCUCCGCCGCCGGGAAGAAACUUGCUCAAGUGGGUCCCGCGGCCGCCGCCCGCUUUGUGCGCGGAGCGAUGGCCAUGGUGGCCGGCGGCUGGGGCGAGCCGGGCGGCGACACGAACGGCGUGGACAAGGGCUACCCGCGCGGCUCCGAGGAGGAGUCCGUGUCCCCGCCCGGCGGCGCCAGCGACCCGGAGCACGGCGACGAGGACAAGCCGGGCAUCCAGGUGGACUGCGUGGUGUGCGGCGACAAGUCCAGCGGCAAGCACUACGGCGUCUUCACCUGCGAGGGCUGCAAGAGCUUCUUCAAGCGCAGCAUCCGCAGGAACCUCAGCUACACGUGCAGGUCGAACCGGGAUUGCCAGAUCGACCAGCACCACCGCAACCAAUGCCAGUACUGCCGCCUGAAGAAGUGCUUCCGCGUGGGAAUGAGGAAAGAAGCCGUGCAGAGGGGCCGGAUCCCGCCCACCCACUCGAACACCAGCCCCACGGCCAUGCCCAGCGGGGAGUACUUCAACGGGCAGCCCGUCUCCGAACUCAUCUCGCAGCUGCUGCGGGCUGAGCCGUACCCUGCCGCCCGCUACGGCUCCCAGUACGCCCAGCAGGGCAGCAUCAUGGGCAUUGACAACAUCUGCGAGCUGGCCGCCCGGCUGCUCUUCAGCACGGUGGAGUGGGCCCGCAACAUCCCCUUCUUCCCCGAGCUGCCCGUCUCGGACCAGGUGGCCCUGCUGCGCCUGAGCUGGAGCGAGCUCUUCGUGCUCAACGCGGCCCAGUCGGCGCUCCCGUUGCACAUGGCACCGCUGCUGGCUGCCGCCGGCUUCCACGCCUCGCCCAUGUCCGCCGACCGCGUGGUCUCCUUCAUGGACCAGAUCCGCAUCUUCCAGGACCAGGUGGAGAAGCUGAACCGGCUGCAGGUGGACUCGGCCGAGUACAGCUGCCUCAAAGCCAUUGCCCUCUUCACCCCAGACGCCUGCGGCCUCUCGGACCCGGUGCACGUGGAGAGCCUGCAGGAGAAGGCGCAGGUGGCGCUCACCGAGUACGUGCGGGCCCAGUACCCGUCGCAGCCCCAGCGCUUCGGGCGCCUGCUGCUGCGGCUCCCGGCGCUCCGGGCCGUGCCCGCCUCGCUCAUCUCCCAGCUCUUUUUCAUGCGGCUGGUGGGGAAGACGCCCAUCGAAACACUAAUCCGGGACAUGCUGCUCUCCGGCAGCACCUUCAACUGGCCCUACGGCGCGGGGCAGUAGGGACGGAGAGGCUGGCGGAGCCGCAGCCCAGCCCGAGCACUGCUGCCGCUUGCUCGGACACCGGCACGGCCCCAGGCCCAGGCGUGUGCAAUGUGCCCUGGGCAGCCCCCCGCAGCUGCCAGGCCUGGGAGUGAGACCCGCGCCCCCUUCUUCUCCCUCCGAUGGAAACGAACAAGCAGCUUCCCCCGGCGCCGCCCAUCCGUGCAGCAGGGAUCAGCCGUCCGGCGGGGUGCUCCGUCUGUCUGGCGGGGGACAUCUGUCUGUCUGAGAUGCAGGCAGGGACGGCAGGCCAGGCUUUCUGGAUCCUAACUGUUUUUACAUCUCUUUCAAGAUGAGGAGACCCCCUGCCCUGGCUCCCAGCUCCCGGCCUGGGAUGGGAUGGAGCCCACGGUCCCAGGGUCACCAGGGGAGACGGGUACAGGGGUGAGGGCGUGCUGGCCUCACCCGCCUUUGCAUUUCAUGCACCACCGAAGUCUCUGGAGCCAGGAUGCAUCCCCCUCCCCUGUCCAGGGGUAGGAGAGGAAGGUGGUGCCGAUUCCAGGGAAGAGAAUGAGCCCGAAUCCAGCCCCAUCCCACUGCAAACACAGACUCAAGCGGGCACUAAGGGCUGGCAGAGGGAGGUCCUACUCUGGCCUCUCUGGGCUGCAGGGACCUUGCACUCAGCGCUCUGCCCAGCCGCCCCCUGCGAUGCAGUCCUUUGGCCCUUGGGGAGGGGGUGUCCCCAUCAGGCCGGGGCAUUUCUCUCCCCCAACAGCAUGCAUGAACCCCGCUGCCCCCCUCCAGCUGGUCCCUGGAUCACGCGGGGGAGCAUGAGCGGCUCCGGCGGGCGUGGGAAGAGCCCUGCCUUUCUCAUCUGCCGCUGCCGCCCCUGCUCCCUUCUGCUGAGCUGUGCGGAGGCAGGGAGCUCUGGGAGGGCCUGGCAUCUGCCAAAGCAGAGGGCUAUUGCGGGGAGGGGGAAAGCAUCGCUGCCAGGCCAGCCAGGGACAGGGCUGUGCAUGGAGCCCGUGCCGGGGGCAGCCGGCUUCCACCUGCCCCAGCUUCCCCUUGCCGGUCACAACUGGAGCUGCCCUGGCAAGAGCCAGUGCCAAGUCGGGCUGAGCUGGCUGCGGGAAGGCGCAGGGGCCGUGCCCGGCUGCACCCAGGCACGAGGAGUGCCCGGGCGGUCCAGGGUUUGCCGCGUCCAUCGAUCCUCUGAGAACGCCGUCCCGGUCGGAUGCUCGGCGGAGGCACCCCCUCAAUAAAGGUGUUUCAUACAA